UCCUCGGUGACCAUUUGCUGCUCCUACUAUAACUAUACCACACUUACUUUUACAAUAAAGACAUUAUGGACACAGAGCAGUCUGAAGAAACUCACUGUAGUCACGUUUCAACACCGGAGGGGAACGACUUGAAGAGAGGAGCACUGAAAAGAACUCCCUCCUCACAGUUUAAGAGAGUACACUCCAACUUCAAAUCACCUCUUCAAGUGACAGAGAGUGCUAAAGUUAGCCCUGCAGAGGAGGUAGCUGAGCUGCAGAGAAGAAGAGAGCAGCUGGACACAGAGAUAGCACAGCUGGAGGCUGAUGGAUGCAGAGUAGAGGAGCUGGAGCAUCACAUUGAUAUGCUGCAUGAAUACAAUGACAUCAAAGACAUUGGACAGUCACUCCUGGGCCGUAUUGCUGCUGUGAGGGGGGCCACCACACGAGAUCUCUACAGCCACUUUGGUCUGGAGUUGGAUGACUGAAAACAAAACCUAUGAAAUGACUGGUGAGGAUGGUUCCUCAGACCAAGGAGAGAAAAGACCAAAGAACCUUUUUAGAUGGGAGGAUUGAUUUGGACUAAAGACACAGGUUCGCCCAUUUUCGUGGUGAUUUAGUCUUCACCUCUUUACCGAGUGAGAUUUCUAAAGUGAGAAUGAGUAUAACACGAGGAGAAUGAAGCAGGCCCUGCCUGCACACGUGAUAUUUAAGAGGCCAUUAACUUCAGGCUUUUUUGUUCUGUUUUGAAAUUUGAGUUUAUGUAACUAGAGUUUGGAUGAUGGCUGCAUGAGUGUUUAUUACUUUUCUGACUCUGGUUGGUUAUUACCAAAAAAAGAGGGAAUGCUGGAGUGUCAUCUUAAAGUGUAAAAUGAAAUGCACUAGCUGUUGGUACAUGAUGCUUUGUAAGCUGACGA